UCCCUGCUCCCACGCUUGCAACAACUUAUAAUAUACUGCGUGUGUGUGUCAAUUUCAUUUUGAUAAUGAAACGGAUAUAUGUUUAUUCCUAAUAGUUAGUAUUGUGAUUUGAAAUAUAUGAAGGAAAACUCUGGACAGUUUAAGAGAGCAUUUUGUCAUAUCUGUUGUGCCUUAACUACAGAAUGUUCUAGAUGAUGCAGAAGUACACUAAAAGUGUUGUACUGAUUUCAUUGUGGGCAUCAUGUAUUAAAGGUAGUAUAACACUGUUCCAUUUUACUAAUGCACAUCUUCAACAGGCAAGGAAUUGUAUUGCCCGGAUACUGCACGCUGUAUUUUAGCACGUAAAGAAUGUUUAAACUACACCCGAUAUGACCUUGUUAUGGAAGGGGUUUUCGUGGCAAGUGCGAAGCAAAUUUUAUUCGAAACUAAAGGAAAAAAUGACGCACACAUAUUACUGCAAAAUGAACCAGAAAAAUAUUUAAGCGAUGUUUAUGAAGUUGUGCUCGGAUUAAAUUCUAACACAGAGUCACAUUUGAGGUUGCUUCAACAGGGAACAGUUCUCUGUAGCCUUAAGACCCCAGAUAUCCUUACUGCGAAAGAAUAUAGGCCGUUUUGGAUAACUUGGAAUACUACUUUGGCGAUUGGGAAGGGAACUAGGAUUGAUAUCAGCAGCAUCAUUUUGUUAACACGUCUGGAUUUUCCAAUCAAUUCAAUGCGAAUCAGUUAUGGAUUUGGCAGUAGCGGCUACUUCAGAUUUCAUGAUAAAUCGGAUGUUGUCUCUACUCAUCAAACGACGACAUCGAGAAGAGAUGCUUUGCAUGACACACGGUCCUCUAUUGUGAUUGCUCUUGCCAUAUCUACUGGUUGUCUUGGCUUUAUACUUUUGUCAGCAACACUUGGGGGAUGCUUUUUAUGGAACAAGAGGAAAUCAACGGUUAUGGGGACUCAUUCACAGGCAAAUCCAGUUAGUGGAGAACAUUACGAAGAGUUGCGACGAAAAGAACAGGAUUCAGAAUACCAACAUUACGCGACUUUGUCAGUUUAACAGUAUUUUUGACGGAUUCAUAAAGCCUGGAAGGCAACAGAAUAAAAUACAUUUUUGCAAAACAGGUUAUUUCACGUCCGCUUUCAGAAAUAAAAGGCCAUCUUUAUUCAAACUACAUUCACUCAAUCUUGUUGUAAUUAUGGAAGGGUAAUUCAACAAUGUCGCAAACUGGAAUGUUGGACCAUUCAGUUUUGUCGAACUAUUCAGGACCAUUGGCCUGAACUCUAUAUCAGAACUAAAAACAUCAGGCCGAAUCGUGAUAAGGAACUGGUCAAGUUUACACUCUUGGUAAUUCAAUACGAAAAUGUAGUAUAUGCUUUUCUUAUAGUGAUCAAUUAGAAUUAUCACAAUACUAGACCAUGAUUGCAAUAUAAGACAGUACUCAAAGGUCACAUUUUGACCAACUGAACAUGUUCCUGGACUGUGAUAAUGUAUUCCAUUCCAGUUGAUGCACGUGAAAGAUUUAUUCAAUUCAUUCGAUAAAUCAUCGCCUGUAUCUGGUAAUCUUGUAUGAGUGUUUAUGACAACCUAACUUAUAUAAAUCAAAUAUAUAUUUGUCGUUUGAGUAAUGCUUACUUCAAUGUGGUUAUAAGUUUGCAGAAAUUGUUGGAAAGACUGUGAGGUUGAAAACUCGAACAUUGGUUCAACCAACAAAUGAAUUAUAAUGUGGUUUGCCGAUCUUUCCGAUGGAACACCCAAACUAGUAUAAGUGUACAAUAAAUAAUAUUACCGUCGAAAGUGUAUGUUGUCAUGUACCUUGAUUGUUUUGGUUUGUAUCUUAAUGAA